AUGGGUCUGACUGAGCUGCUGUUGAUUGGAGUACUGAGUGUGGGAGUCGCUUUGGGCCGAUUGAACUCCCGACAACCCAGCGGUUAUACACCGCAUCGCAUUGUGGGUGGCUCCGAUGUUCCGGCUGGAGAGCACGUUCCCUACCAGGUCUCCCUGCAGUAUAGUACCAGCGGAGGUCAGAUGCAUUUCUGCGGUGGCUCCAUAAUCGCCCCCAAUCGCAUCCUAACUGCCGCCCACUGUUGCCAGGGUCUCAAUGCGAGCCGCAUGUCCGUGGUGGCAGGCAUUCGGAACUUAGACGAACGGGGAUCUCGCUCCCGGGUCUUGUCCUACAGAAUUCAUCCCCAGUACCAGGAGCUGGUUACCAGCGACAUAGCUGUCUUGUCCAUUGACCCGCCGCUGAAGUUUGACAAUGACAGCAUUAGUGCUAUCGAAUUCAGAGGCAAGCAGUUCGUGGGCGGCGGCGUUCCCGUAACCCUGACGGGUUGGGGCCUUCGGCUGCCAGUGCCCUUUCCCUUCCUGGACAACGUCAACUAUCCAAACACUUUGCAACGGAUGAGUUAUAACACCAUCACGAACAGGGAGUGCAGGGAUGCGGGCAUGGAGGACGUUACGGAUACGGAAAUAUGCGCCCGGGGUCCUUUCAGGGGUGCCUGUUCUGGAGAUUCUGGAGGACCACUGGUCACAACGGACAAGGGACUGAAGCAAGUGGGCAUAGUAUCCUACGGCCUGGUUGUUUGCGGUCUGUUUAUCUCGCCUGAUGUCUACACCCGAGUGUCCACUUUCAGCGAGUGGAUUGAGGGCCAAUUGGAAUCCUAGAUCCGAUUUAUUCACUUGCAGGAAACAUAAAUUUAACACAUAAUUGAAACAAAUAAAUCCGUGCUGUCCA